AAGGAGUUCUAAUGGUAAACGUGGACAAAGGAGGUCUGACACAAAGGAUGGAACCAGCAGACAGUGACGGAAUGAGUCGGGAAGGACCUAUUCGUCCGUGGUAAUGGGGGCGGAAUACAUUGGAUCUGGCAACCCAGCCCGGACUCAAUCUGUGUCAAUUGGCGAGCCGAGGCGGUGCGAAUGAAGAAAGGCCAGCGCUCAUUUCCCACCCGUGACGUACUUUUAACCUGCGUGGAGCUGCUAGCUACAACGAGAACUGGAUUAUUUCUCAUUUAGACCGCCGGUGGUACCGUUUGUACAAGGCGGUGCUGCGUUUAUCACUCGGAGUCUUGAAAGCGUCGAGUGACAGGUGUCGAAAGGUAUCGAGGAUGAAGCCCAUCUCGACGCAUCUGAGAAGCUUUUGUCUUCGUUUUCGGCCUUUUUUGUCCUUUUAACAGCCCACCUGAUUUGGGAAAGGAUAACACGACGGACCUGCAAGGGGUGCUGCAGCAUGAGGAUAAUCCCAAUUCAUAAUUAAUCCUCGUGCUAAUUGGCGAAGGGCUGCAGAAUCGCGCGAUGCUGCACGCAUCGUGAUUUGAGUUUUGUUCCUUAAAGACACAAUCGGUGACAAGCGCCACGUUUCAAGAUGGUGUUUCGGAGCGAAGAGAUGUGCUUGGCCCAGUUGUUUUUGCAAUCCGGUUCGGAGUACGACUGCAUCAGUGAGCUCGGUGAACUGGGCCUGGUCGAGUUCCGAGAUCUCAAUCCAAGCGUCAGCUCCUUCCAGCGACGCUUUGUCAGCGAGAUCAAAAGAUGCGAGGAGAUGGAGAGGAUUCUGGGUUAUCUUUUAAGGGAGAUCCAAAAGGCUAAGAUUGCCGUUCCCGAGGACGACGAGAGCCCGCUUGCUCCUCCGCCGAGACAAGUGCUGGAGAUCAUGGAGCAGCUUCAGAGGCUGGAGAUGGAGCUGAGCGAGGUGGCGAGGAACAAAGAGAAGCUGCGCAGGAACCUGCUGGAGCUCAUCGAGUACACCCACAUGCUGAAGAUCACGCGCGCCUUCAUCCACAGCCGCUCCAGACACGAGGCUCUUGGUCCCCAGUAUGAAGAAUUCCCCACCAUGGAGACGGACUCUGUGUCGGGCUACACUGGCAUGCAAAGACUCGGAGCCAAGCUCGGAUUCAUCUCCGGUCUCAUCCAGCGGGUGAAAGUGGAGGCCUUUGAGCGUAUGCUCUGGAGGGUGUGCAAGGGCUACACCAUCCUCAGCUACGCGGAAGUGGAUGAGAACCUCGCCGACCUCGACACGGGUGAGAUAAGCAAGAGCGUCGUGUUCCUCAUCUCCUUCUGGGGCGAGCAGAUUGGACAGAAGGUUCAAAAAAUCUGCGAUUGCUACCACUGUCAUCUCUAUCCUCACCCCGAAAACGACGAAGAGAGGGCGGACAUGUUGGACAGCUUACGCACGCGCAUCCAAGACCUCAACAACGUAGAGCGGCUCAGAUCGAUCGUGGUGGUUUUGUCACCGAACGCGAUAAGGCGAGAGCUCCUGUCCCCCCCCCCCCCCCCCCCGCAGGUUUUGCAUCGCACAGAGGACUACCUGAAGCAGGUGCUGCAGAGAGCCGCGGAGUCGGCGUACGCUUGGGUCGUGCAGGUGAAAAAGAUGAAGGCCAUCUACCACAUCCUCAACUUGUGCAGUUUCGACGUCACCAACAAGUGUUUGAUCGCCGAGGUGUGGUGUCCUGUCAGUGACCUGGCUAACCUGCGGGGGGCGCUAGAGGAAGGCUCGCGAAAAGGCGACGCAACUGUUCCAUCGUUUGUGAACCGCAUCCCGAGCACCGACACCCCUCCCACCUUAGUCCGAACCAACAAGUUCACGUGUGGAUUUCAAAGCAUCGUGGAGGCCUACGGGGUGGGGGACUAUCGUGAGGUGAGCCCAGCACCCUACACCAUCAUCACGUUCCCCUUCCUGUUCGCCGUCAUGUUUGGCGACUUGGGCCACGGCACGGUGAUGAGCUUCUUUGCGCUCUGGAUGGUGCUGACAGAAAAAAAGCAGAUGAGGAAACGCUCCGGUAAUGAGAUAUGGGCAACCUUCUUCAACGGGCGCUACAUUAUUCUCAUGAUGGGGCUCUUCUCUAUCUACACCGGCCUCAUUUACAACGAUUGCUUCUCCAAAUCGCUCAACAUCUUCGGCUCGGGUUGGAGCGUCAAGGCCAUGUUCACCAGUCAGCAGUGGACGAACAAAACACUUCAAACAAACGCUUUGCUCACAUUGGACCCCAACGUUAGCGGAGUGUUCUCGGGCCCGUACCCGUUUGGCAUCGAUCCUAUAUGGAGCAUGGCGGUUAACCGGCUGUCCUUCCUUAAUUCGUAUAAAAUGAAGAUGUCUGUGAUCAUUGGAGUCAUCCACAUGAGUUUUGGUGUGGUUUUGAGUGUUUUUAACCACUUGCACUUCCAGCAGAAGUAUGACGUCUAUCUGCUGUUUCUCCCCGAACUGCUCUUCCUGCUUUGUCUCUUCGGCUACCUGGUCUUCAUGAUCAUUUACAAGUGGUUGGCCUUCUCGGCGCGGGACUCCAGUCAAGCUCCCAGCAUCCUCAUCCACUUCAUUAACAUGUUUGUCAUGCAGGGCAAGGACGUCGCUCCUCUCUACUCGGGACAGAUGGGGCUGCAGAUUUUCCUGCUCGCGAUCGCCAUGCUGUGUGCCCCCAUGCUGUUGUUAGGAAAACCUCUGUUCCUCUAUUGGAUGCAUCGCGGAGGGAAAGGGCUCCGCAGGCGCAGAGGCUACGAGAGGGUGAGGCGCGUUAGCGAGGAUGACGGUUCGGCAGCGGCAGCUUACGAGGACGAUGAAGAGGAGGGACUGGAUGAGAUGACCCACAGGGACCUUCGUCCUAGAGAGUUUGACUUUGCCGACGUGCUCCUGCAUCAGGCCAUCCACACUAUCGAGUACUGCCUGGGCUGCAUCUCCAACACCGCUUCGUACCUGCGACUCUGGGCACUCAGCUUGGCGCACGCGCAGCUGUCAGAGGUGUUGUGGGACAUGGUGAUGCGCCUGGGCCUGCGGAUCACAACCAGAGUCGGCGUGGUGUUUUUAGUGCCUGUGUUUGGCGUCUUCGCGCUGCUCACCGUGUCCAUUCUGCUGGUCAUGGAAGGCUUGUCAGCCUUCCUGCACGCUCUCCGCCUGCACUGGGUGGAGUUUCAGAACAAAUUCUACCACGGGACAGGUGUCAAGUUUGUACCCUUUGACUUCUCGCUGCUGCCCUCUGUUUUUGAGCACGAUGGCCUCCUCUAAAUUGUUGAAUAGACAAGUGGAAGUGGGCCUUUUUAAGUGGUAAGGAUGCCGCAGACACUGGGACAGUUCUCACUGUGAAAAUGACAAGGAACCCUCAAGACGAUUUACUCUCGUAGCAACCUUUUUUUCCCACCAUGAUGAUUUGAAACAAAC